CGCCGGGGCCUGAGGCCCGAGGACGCGCCGAGUCACACCAUGCUGAGCGCGACUCGGGGCAGGCUGGCUUCCGCACUGUGGGCGUCCCGGCUCGCCCGCAGGUACCUGCACGCGACGCGGCCGCGGUCCUCGGCGGGUCAGGGCGGGAGGACCGGGCAGCCGCCCAGCGCCUUCGACCCGGCGCUGCUGGACUUCCUGGUGUGCCCGCUGUCCAAGAAGCCGCUGAGAUAUGAAGCAUCAACGAAUGAAUUGAUUAAUGAAGAAUUGGGAAUAGCCUAUCCAAUCAUUGAUGGGAUUCCUAACAUGAUUCCACAGGCAGCAAGGAUGACACAUCAAAAUAAGAAGCCAGAAGAAACAAAGCAGCAGUAGAAGAACAUUCUUACAAGCCACAGCGGCCACAUGCUCUUGAACAGCAUAUCCCUUUUGAAACCUGGUGGCAGGUAGUCAGUGGGAGGAGACAAUGUUCCUUUCUCUUCCUACGCUCACCGUCCUCAUCCCGCUGAUUUCUCUGGCAGGACUUUUCUACUCGGCCUCUGUGGAGGAAGACUUCCCGCAGGGCUGCACCAGCACGAGCAGCCUCUGCUUCUACAGCCUGCUCCUGCCCAUUACUAUCCCAGUGUACGUGUUCUUCCACCUUUGGACCUGGAUGGGAAUUAAACUCUUCAGGCACAACUAGGGCCACCAGAGCCAUGCUGCGUUCUGGGUGCUCGUCUCUGAACGUUCAGCUAGGUGCAAAUGCUGGAGACCCAUUUCCUCGGCAGCCAAGCUGCUUCUCCCUUCUCAGGAAGGAGCCUGCCAGAGACUACAGCUGCGGAAGCUGCUUCCAUGGUCCUAGAGCUGAGGGCCGUAACUGGUGUCAGAAGGAGCAUCUCCCCUUGCCAUCGUCUCCCAUCUCCUGAUCGGUUCUCCCUGCAUUUAUCUGAAAGUCAUUUGUAAUUUUGUUUGUUUAGCUUCUGGGUUGCUGGGAAAGUCACAUGGUAGGCAUGACUGAAAUAAUCCCAAAGGACCUGUGUUGGUUGUAGAAAAAGGCAUUUGAACUAAAACUGUGUAAUGGAAAUUUCAUGUACUGAACAAAAAUUCUGAGCUUGUAAAUCUUUUUGGUACCAAAUGCUUAUAUAAUUACUAAUAAAAUAAGAUGCUAAUUUACCAUUAAA